AUGCCCAAUUUUCUCAUUUCAAGGUUAGCUUCUUCCUUUAAAACCCUAAACCUCAACAACCCCGAAUCCCAAUUGAAUCUUCUUCAACAGCAUAAAUCGCAUCUCCUUUUCUUCAAUUCACCCGCAACCAAAGAUACCAAACGCCCAAAAGAUCGCAACUUUACAAUCUCCUAUCUAAUCGCCACAUGCGGAUUCUCUCCCGAAACCGCCGCGCUUUUGUCACAAAAGGUUCACUUCAAAACCCCUGAAAAGCCAAACGCGGUCUUAGCCCUCCUCAGAAAAUAUGGAUUCUCCGAAACGCAGAUCGCUAAGUACAUUCAGAAGCGACCCGUGUUGCUCCUCACUGAUGCAGAAAAGAUCAUUAAGCCCAAGCUCAAGUUUUUCUCCUCCAUUGGGAUUUCACGCGUUGACCUUCCAAAACUCGUGAUUGAGAACCAAACCCUGUUAGCUAGGAGCUUGGAGAAGUGCCUCAUUCCGCGCUAUGAGGUCCUGAAGAGUGUUGUUCGAAGUGAGCAAGAAGUUAUUAGUUCAUUGAAGCGUGGUGCAAUGGCUUUUGUGUUGUGUGAUGUUAUAAAGAAUUUGAUUCCCAACAAAGAUUUUGAGAGAUUUGGGUGUGCCUCAGAGUUCUAUCUCAAUGUUGGUUAUGUUUCACCCAAGCGAGGCGUUUAUGAAUCAUGGGUUGUUAAAGGUGUGAAGUUGGCAAAGGAAAUGGGGUUUGAUCCUAACAAGUGCAGUUUCAUCAGUGCCAUACAUGUGCUCUGGCAUAUGGAUUGCGCGAAGAUGGAUCAGAAAACGAAGUCUUUGGAGAAAUGGGGUUGGUCAAAAGAGGCGUCCCUUUUGUCGUUUAGAAAGUUCCCUGCUUUUAUGUCAUAUUCGCCGGAGAGGAUCGGGCCAGCAAUGAGAUUCUUGGUAGAGGAUAUGGGUUGGUCUUCCGAGGAGAUUGCCAGGUUCCCCACAACUCUAUGA